GGAAAAAGAAAAAAGAAAAAUAAAAGAAAAAAAAAAAGAGGAAACAGGAGAAGAAAAAGAAUUUGUUGAAUAUUUUAGUCCUUCUUUAGUUUAUAGAUUUUUUGAUGGGAAAUCAAUGACUAUUACUAAUUCAGAUUUCAAAUGCUUAUAUAACCAUGAAUGGAUCAAUGAUUCAUUGAUUGAUUUUUUUUUAAAAUUCAGCGUUGAUGAUUCUAUAAGGAAAAAUUUAAUCAACAAAGAGGAAAUUCAUACAUUAUCUACUUUUUUUUUUUCAAAGUUGAUGAGCACUAACGAUGACAAUUAUUAUCAACAACUUAAAAGAUGGGUAUCUAAAAUUAACUUGUUUAGUUUUGAUUUUAUCUUAAUGCCUAUUAACGAAUCUUUACAUUGGUAUUGCACUCUUAUUGCGCAACUUCCACGACUUUUAAAAGGUGGUGAAGCUAAUAUAUAUGUUUUUGAUUCCUUAAAGCAUGAUCAUGAAAACAUUACUGAACCAAUAAAAUCUUUUCUUUCUCAGUAUGCAGAGUUUGAAUUAAAAAAAAGUAUUGAUUUAAAAAAAAUUAAAAUGAGAGUUGGUUGGGUUCCUAAACAAAAUAAUUUUAAUGAUUGUGGGGUUCAUGUUAUUUAUAAUGUAACUAAGUUUUUAGAGAACCAUACAAGAUGUAUAAAGAUAUGGAAUUCUGGGAAGAACGAGAUUUCAGUAAAGAAAAAAUUUUUUGAUAACAAAGAAAGAUCAUUGAUGAGAGAAAAACUUAGAUAUAUAUUGUUAGAACUAAGAGAUAAUCAAAAUAAUCCAUCGGCAGGAGAAAGCCCAAGUAUAUUAAAUCCAAAUCAAUACACUGAUUCAGAAACUGAUAAUGAUGUUGAAAUACUUGACUUUGAUCAAGUUGAAAAAAAGGAUUUGCCUGAUAAUAAAACAAAAUUUAAUGUUGACACCGAUUUAGUAGAUGACACUUUAAAGGAAGAAUUUAAACAGAAUGAUGAUUAUUCAGAUAAUAUAGAAAAUAAAGAAUCACAAGUUGAUGAUUCUUUUCAUUCUUCAGGUGAAAAUAAAAUCUUUAACAACGAUAAUAGUAAGCUUUUUAAGAGUUUAUAUCAUGGAAGUUCUAUCAGUAGCGAUGUUAGUGAUGUAAACAAUGAUGAAGUAGAUAAUUCAAGUCAAAAAAACAGCAAUCAAAAUCUGGACGAAAAUUCGGAAGUAAGUGAAGACUAUGUUCAUUUUUUAGGUGUUAAAUCUUUACCUAUUGCGAAGGUAGAAAAUGAAAAUGAAAAGAUAAUUAGUAUUAAUGAACUUAAGAAAAUAAAGGAUUUUCCAGCUUUUGAAAAUUCGAGUUUUAUUUCAGCUCAAAAUCAUCAAAACAACACAGUUGAACAACUAAAUACUAAGCUGAGUAUUCAUUCGAAUACUGAUGAAAGUUAUUAUAUUGACAUAGAUUUGGGAAAUGAAGCUGAUGAUGUUCAUAAGAAGUUGGAAAUUUACGAAAAUAAAUCUAAUGAAAUAACAGAGUAGGUAAAUUCUUUUUAAAUUUUUUUAGAAUCAUUUUUGGAUAAAGAGAGAUUGAGUUAUUUCCAAAAAAAAUUUAUUAAAUAUCACAAAAA